AUGUUUUCCACCGGUCGGAGAAAUUACUGGGUCGAGCGCGGACCUGAUGGGCGCCUCCGAGAGGCGCGCGACCUGCCGGAGGAGCCUCUCCCGCGGGAGCGCGCCGGUGAGAAACGGUCCGGAGCUGACGAGGUGGUGAUUGAAGUACCCGAUGCGUCUCCGAUCGUUGAAACUCAAGAAGUACGGUUGCUGAGGCGCAAUCUGCCCUCGUUCGGAGAGGUUGAACGUCUCCUGGAUCUAUACGUCGCUACUGGCGAAGGACGCGGUGCCUAUACGAAGGCAGUGAAGACCGUAGAGCAGGAACACCGCAGGCGGUUCGUUGAGCACUACUAUGGAGACGACGACGACAGAUUCGAUGACUUUAUCAACUAUGGAGGACCGGGUCCGGGAGGAGGUGGGCCGCCAAGGUCCAUGCCUAUUUUUGCGCGAGGGUCUUAUGACUACGACCUUGAUGAGUAUUCCGAGCGUGGUGAGCGCAGCCGACACCCUACUGAGUCCAUAUACGUGACUCGAGCACCUCGUGAGAGGAGGAGGACGCAGGAGGGUUCGGACGACAGUGACGACGACGAUGACCGUCCCACCGCUGGACAACCACCACUACCAAGGCCUUCUGGCGGAGGACCGUCCUCUGGCCCUCGAGGAAGCUAUGUGAUCAAUCUAGAAAACCCCCGCAAUGCCCGCCCAGGAGCACUGGACCUCGAGGAAACAACCAGGGUGACAUCAAGACCUCCGCAGGAGGGUGCUCGUCGUGAGAAUGUCUUCGUCCGCACUAUUAGUCCACGCCGGGUGGUCAUUCACCAGGAUAAUCGGGAAAUUGUUGAUGAAGAACAUAUUCGUCCCCCGGUGAGAAUAGCGGAGCGGUAUAGAUCCACUCGUCGCCGAAUGCAGCCAACGGUGCAAGAAGUCUCGGACGAGGACGGCGAAGUGAGCCUUCGUUCCAUACCUUCCGAAGAAGAUGAUCUGCGCCUGUCAACGACCCGCGAGCUUGAAGUUGUCCGUGGACCUCGACCGCGAAGCCGCCGUGUGCAGAGUAUAUUUCAGUCCUCCCCGGGGGUGCGUCUGAGUCAGCGUAGAUCGAUGAGAGGCGGUGGUCUCCCGGAGCACAUCGUGGAGGAGAUGUGGGGUCAGAACUUCAGGCGCAGGUUGCAUCUUAGAGGAGGCGGCCCUGUCGUCGCUCCUCCAACGAAGACGGCCGCUGUAGGAGGAGGUGUCGUUGACGAUUUUUCGACUGCUUCAAAGACCAUUGCUCUUUAUUUUUUCUCCGUGAGCAAAGGGAGGAUCAUCUCAAGCCGGAAAAGGGAGCUCUACCGUACGUUCCGAGAACUCUACCCGCAUGAGUAUUCUUCGGAUGUCGCCCACAGCUCCGACGUGUGGCUGGUGAACAGGCUGAAGGAGCAUUACUGGACGAUAUGCCGUCGCGGACAACGCUCAAUCUGGGAUCUGACGUCGAUGAGAACGAUCGGAUUUGCCAUAUUCAUUCGCUUCGAACGCACCGUCAAGAGAGGACACGAUCCCGGAAACUACUUCGUCACUGCUAGGGCUCCUGCCAUUUCGGCCGAAGGACAAGAAGCCGUUUCUCACUUUGUCUACAUGAUGAGAUAUCCUCUCCAAAAGUCCAAGAUGAUGUUGUUUCUCUUGGACAGGAUGGCUGGCUCGACCAAGAGAGGAAACGACCACAAUACGUUUUACGCCGUGGAGAUCAAAGAAACGUUUGAUACCAGCAAAAUCUACUUCCUUCUCGCCAUCCUCAUCCUCGUCAGCACGGCCGCUGGAGUCGUCUAUUCGGUGGUCAAGUCCGACCCCGGCACCGGUCUCUCGAUUGCAAGCUACAUUCUGGCCUGUCUGUCACUCAUACUUGCAGUGGUGGUUGCAGGUGAGUGGCUUGGCCUGAGGAAGCCCGACGCGUUCUCGUUCGCGUACGACUGGGUUGAGAAUCGUGUCGUGGGCAAGGACGAUCUCGAUAGGAUUGCUGGUGGCCGGCUCAGCACCUAUCAAGUACCCUAA